AUGAAUGCAUACUUCUCCAGUCUCCCCAACAACCACAGAACAGGCACCAACACUGCCAACUUUGAUUUCCCGACCUUCCCACACAACCUGAAGUCCAGCGGGGUUUGCAAGUGGCGUUUCUUGACUCUCUUAGCCCACUCCCCGAAGUUAAGGCACCCAGUAACAGGUGGUGACUCUGGAUUUCGCCUGCAGAACCUGCAGUUCCUCUCCGAGCGGGAUCAUCGCCAGAUACGAGGAUGGGGAGGGGAAGAAGAUCUCAUUUCGCCUCUUGAGACCGCGGACCCGGGGGGAAUCCAUGCUGGUUGA